AUGCAGCCAAAGAUCAACGCUUUCUUCAAAUCCGCUUCUGCUUCCAUUCCUACACCUCUUCAUGACGACUUGUCCCUCUGGGAGAACAAGCAACACCUUAUUGUCAACACCUUCCAUCGGAAUCCUAACGCCGUUCCCUCGCAUCCCGAACCCGAAUCCAAACCUUACUUGACGGGGAAAACGGUCGUCAAGAACAAGAAGAGGAGCUAUGCCCAGUUUCACCUGGAAUUCGGUCAAAGCGAUUUCCUCUUACGCGCUUGUUCUACUUGCGGAGUCAAGUUUACACCACGCGAUGCAGAAGACGAGAAAUCCCACAAUGAAUUUCACAAAAGUUUCACGCAGGGGAUCCAAUUCAGAGGUUGGGUCAACGAAAGGGUUAUCUCUGUGCCCAGCGUUAACGGAGGUCGAAUUAUACUGGUCUCUGAGAAUGACCCAUUUUGUCACAGAAACAAGGUUCAAGACGUUGUCCAAAUGAUGGAAAUUGAGCUAGGAAGUGAAUGGAUUAUUCAUGACCUUUGUAAGGCUUAUCUAUUUGUUUCUGUCCAGAGGAUUGUUGGGUGCGUGGUUGCAGAACCAAUCGAAGAAGCGUUCAAAGUUGUGUCUUGCUCCAUUGCUGGGCGUUCUGAAGGUGUGAGGAAAAGGGAAAAGAAGUCAUGUUCAGCCACUCUUCAGUUUGGGAAUAUUGUUUUCCAAAGGGAAGUUGAGAAAAGAACUCUUUCCCUGAGUGAUUCUGAGGGGAAGGAACGAUCACUUGGCGGGGCAAUCCUCUGCGAUAGACAACCAAUAGCCGCUGCUUGUGGCAUUAGAGCCAUUUGGGUUACUCCCUGUAACAGAAGAAAAUGCAUUGCAAGCCAAUUGUUAGAUGCCGUGAGGAAAAGUUUCUGCACGGGUCGGGUGCUUGAACGUGCUCAGCUAGCAUUCUCCCAGCCAACCUCAGCUGGGAAGGCAUUAGCAUCUAAUUACACUGGCACUGGAUCAUUCUUGGUGUAUAAAGCCAAUAAAAAAGAGGCAUAG